UGUGUACAGAAAUAACAGGAAAUGACUGUGUCUCUGCUUCUUUGCGGCUGUAGGAGUGUGUAAGAUAAUGGCGGAGGAAAGCUCAGCUGAGGAGUAUCCCAUGGAAAUCGAUGAGUUCCUCACAGGUUUCCAGUCUUCUGUGAAUAAUGUUCAGAGUGUAAUACAGACUCUCAUGUCUGUGUCUAAGAGCGAGCAUCUGAAGCUAGAUCCACUUGAGCAAGCCAAACUGGACCUGAUGUCUGCUUACACCCUCAACUCUCUGUUUUGGAUGUAUCUUGUGACACAAGGAAUUAACCCAAAAGAACAUGGAAUCAAACAAGAACUGGAGAGAAUCCGGACGUAUAUGAACAGGGUGAAGGAGAUUACAGAUAAGAAGAAAGCAGCUCGUCUGGACAAAGAUGCAGCGUCUCGGUUUGUACGAAACGCCCUGUGGGACGCAGAGGAGAGUAAAGCCAAAGGUGAUGCUGAGAACCCUCACAAAGCCAAGCAGAGGAAACUAAAUUGAGCAGGACAGUUUUGAACUGCCUUACAAGAACCUGCACACAAUGUGUGUGUCUUAUUUAUCAAUGAGAUUUCUCUCAUUGCUUUGCCCUUUUUAUACAAAAAUCAUUGUUUUAGUUUUAUGUUUUGUUUAUAUAGUUAAAGUACAAUAGAAGAGUAUUGCCUGCUCAUUGUCAGGCACUGGUUUUAUAACUUGAAGGAAUUGUUUGGCAAAAAAGAUAAUGUGAAUAAUCACAAAACCCUGAUGCAGUUAAUCAGCCAACAGAUUUUGGGUUUUCAGUUUAAAACAGGAGGUGCUAGUGUUAAUGUGCUUGAUGUUUCAAAUAGUCACUGGUCUAACGUUAAAGCAACUAUUUUACUAAAGAAAAGCGAAAAAUAAUCCCCCGCAUUUGUCUUGAUUUCUGAAACCUGUGGUUACGAUGUGGAAAUAUGACCCUUCCCUCAUGUUCAUGGUAAAAGAAGCACAUUUGAUGUAUUAAACAUGUCUUUAUUGACUGAUUAACUGCAUCUGGAGUCAGUGAUUUAAUGAUAUUUAUGAAUUUGUUCAACAAGUUAUAAGUUUAUUAUGAAACCUGAAUGGAAAUGAGAUUAACAGUGAGGAGUAGAGGUGUUUUUGUGUAUUAUUUAAACAGCACCAUUCAUUCUGGACAAAACACAUUAUUUUAGUUUACAACAGCAGUUCUUCUGCAGUCAUUUGUAACUUGUUGAAUGUUUGCAGCCUAUUGGACAGUUUGCACUUUCAAAUUAGGUUUUCCAUCUUUAAAGGUCAUGUCCACACCUCUCACAUUUAUUUCUGUUUCUUUCUGUGUGAGGAUUCUGGUAUUAAGAAGAGUAAGACUGUAACUGUGCACACAUGUAGAUUUAAUGUCAGUCAUCUAGUCCCAUUACAAUUAAAGCCUGUUUUCUCAACAAACAAAAAA